AAACAGAUCAAUUGGAGAAGUGUAAAGCACCAAAGUUAUUUGGUGUGGACAGAAUUCAACCCAAUAAGAAAGAAUUUAAUCAUAAUGUUAGCAUGCAUUACAAAUGUAGAGGAAAGAAGGUGUAUAAACACUCAACCUGCAUCAAUGGAAGGUGGGAUCCUGAGCCAACCUGUAGAGAGGAAGAAUCCUGCCCUCCUCCACCACAGAUUCCAAAUGCCCAAGUAAUGGAAACCACAGUGAAAUACCAGGAUGGAGAAAAAGUAUCUGUUCUUUGUCAAAACAAUUACAUAAUACAGGACACAGAAGCAAUGCUGUGCAGAGAUGGAAGGUGGCAGUCAUUACCACGCUGCAUUGCAAAAAUUCCAUGUUCCCAGCCCCCUGAGAUAGACCACGGAUCUAUUAAGUUACCCAGAUCAUCAGAAGAAAGGACAGACAGAGUGGACUCCAGAAUUCAUGAACACGGCACUACAUUCAGCUAUGUUUGUGAUGAUGGCUUUAGGAUGGCUGAGGAACACGGGGUAACCUGUGACAUGGGAAAGUGGAGUGCUCCACCUCACUGUGUCGGACUUCCUUGUGGACCUCCACCUGCAAUCCAUCAUGGGAUUGUGUCUCAUGAGCUGGACAGUUACCAACAUGGAGAAGAGCUGGCAUACAGCUGUGCUGAAGGCUUUGGAAUUAAAGGAUCAGCAUUGAUUAAAUGUGUAGGAGGAAAGUGGUCCCAGCCACCCGCUUGCAUAAUAACAGAAUGUGACAAUUUACCCAGGUUUGAAAAUGCCAUACCCAAAGAAGAGGAAAAAUAUUCAUAUAGGUCAGGUGAACAAGUGACAUUCACGUGUGCACCUUCUUAUCAUAUGAAUGGGUCCAACACUGUGACGUGUGUUAACCGCAAGUGGAUUGGAGAGGUGGUAUGCAAAGAUUCAACAGGGAAAUGUGGGCCUCCUCCACCUAUUGACAACGGAGACAUCACCUCCUUCCCAUUGUCAGUAUAUGCACCCUUAUCUUCAGUUGAAUAUCAGUGCCAGUAUUUGUACCAACUGCAGGGCAACAAGAAGAUAACAUGUAGAAAUGGAGAGUGGUCAGAGCCACCAAAAUGUUUAAAUGCAUGUAUAAUAUUAGAUGAAAUCAUGAAAAGACAUAAUAUAACUCUCAGAUGGAGAGAAGACCAAAAGGUAUAUUCUCAAUCAGGGGAUAUUGUUGAAUUUAAGUGUAAAUCUGGAUAUAAACUGACAGAAACAUCACUUCCAUUACGUUCAAAGUGCAUUGAUGGUCGCAUCAAUUAUCCCAGUUGCUCAAAUAUACAUUAUUCAUAG